GUCUCAACGUACUAGAAGCGCUUCGACUGCCAUGUACGAGGGGCCUUCUCGAGAACGGUGCAUACAAUUUGUAGUAGACGUGAGCCGUGCGUGAUAAGUGCGGGGAGAUUUUCGGUGUUGCUUCCUCGUUGCCAAUCGCGAAGAGAAGUGAAGUAAAUUGACGUCGUCGUCGUGGUUGCUGUCGGUCGCGAAUAAAAGCAAAGUGAUUCCGCAAUUAACAUUUUGCAUUAUGUUUUAAAAGCUGGUGUAUAGGAACAAGUGUCGAGAGUGCUACUCGGGAAAGUUGAUUGGUCUCAGUGAAUUGCAAAUUAUUGGGUGAAAAUAGACGGCGGAAAAGCCAUAAAAUGGGUAAAACAAAAAUCUACUGUGCAAAAUGUCAGAAGAAAUGUUCCGGUGAAGUGUUACGUGUCGCCGAAAAACAUUUUCAUAAAACAUGCUUCCAAUGCUCGACAUGUCAAAAAUCAUUAGCCACCGGUGGAUUUUUUUCAAAGGAUGGCGCCUACUACUGCAUUCCGGACUAUCAAAAAUUAUAUGGAACGAAAUGUGCUGCCUGUAAAAAUUAUGUUGAAGGAGAAGUGGUUUCUACAAUGGGUAACACGUAUCACCAGAAAUGUUUUACAUGUAGUAAAUGUAAAAAACCUUUCCCGUCUGGUAGCAAGGUAACAAACACGGGCAAAGAAGUCCUAUGUGAAGUUUGCGUGUCGCUACCCAAUGCUGUGAAUCAAACACCGCAAAAGAAACAAGUAACUUCGACGAAUUCACCACAAAAGGAAGUCUCCUCGAUCAGUCCAACGAAAGCCACUGCCCAUCAACAAACCCAACAAAAUGCUCAACUCAAUACGGCAAAUACAACAAUCACUAAAGAUUAUGAUCCGAACGAGUGUGCCGGUUGCGGUGAGCUACUGAAAGACGGUCAAGCAUUGAUUGCUUUGGAUCGUCAAUGGCAUAUUUGGUGCUUUCGCUGCAAGAGUUGUAGCGCUGUGCUAAAUGGUGAAUAUAUGGGCAAAGAUAAUGUCCCGUAUUGCGAGAAAUGCUAUCAGAAAUCGUUUGGUGUUAAAUGUGCCUAUUGUAAUCGUUAUAUUAGUGGAAAAGUUCUGCAGGCCGGUGAUAAUCAUCACUUCCAUCCGACAUGUGCCCGAUGCACAAAGUGCGGCGAUCCAUUUGGAGAUGGAGAAGAGAUGUAUCUUCAGGGAAGUGCUAUUUGGCAUCCACGUUGCGGACCAGGCCCAUCGUCGGAAUUAGGUGCUAUUAUAAAUGGUGGUGCUGCAAAUGGAAAUUUCACGGAUACGGAAUGUGAUCGUAUGAGUACAAGUGCUAUGAGUGAUAUGCACUUUUAUAUGAGAUCGAGAACACCCAGCAUUAGCGGUUCGGUUUAUUCGAGCAGAAAGUACCGAACCGUCAGUCCUGGACUUAUUCUCCGUGAAUAUGGUCGUCAUGGCUAUGGCUACGAAGACAUUUCACGUAUUUACACCUAUAGUUAUUUGACCGAUGAGCCACAUUACUUGCGAAAACCAAUCGAUCCUUACGAUAAACCACCAGUUUCGCCACAUUUCCAUCGGCCAAUAAAUUCAGGUCCUGGUGGAAGUCGGCCCCCGUCACGACCACAAUCACGUAAUAAGAGUGCAAUGAAGGUUCUAGUCGAUGCAAUUCGAUCGGAAACACCACGACCAAAAAGUCCAGCAAUGAAUAAUGAAGAGCCGAUCGAAUUAUCACAUUAUCCUGCAGCUAAGAAACCUCCGCCAGGAGAAAAACCGAAAAUUGAACGUGAUGAUUUUCCAGCACCACCGUAUCCAUAUACGGAUCCAGAACGAAGGAGGCGAUAUUCAGAUUCAUAUAAAGGGGUACCUGGUUCAGAUGAGGAAGAUGAAACCGAUAAUAAGGCAAAUGGCGAAGCGAUCGAUCAGCGUCUGAAAAAAGAAGAAGAGGAAUUGCAGAAGUUGAACUCUGGAAUAGGUUCUGUCAUCCUUAAGGAUCUUAAGGAACAUGCAAAAUAUCGAAAAUGGAAACAACAGAACUUAGAUCCACGAAAUGCUUCAAGAACUCCAUCGGCAAGUAAGGAGCCGGCUUAUAGGCUAAGAUAUGAAUCACCAGUAGGAGCAUCACCGUCAAGGAAUUUAGAUCAUCAGAAACCAUUCUAUGAAGAUGAAUAUUUUGAUAGGUCGACCAGCUAUCGAGGAUCAGUGGGUCGAUCGUUGGGCAACGCUCCAAGUUAUAAUGUGGUGAGUUCGCUUCGUCAUGUACCUAAACCCGGAUACGGCUUGGCUCCCCGCUCGCAUACUUUCAGCUCUGCUACAACUACUGGCUCUGCACAAGUCGCUCCUGAUUUCUCAUUUGGCGGUCUAGGAGAUAAGACUCAAAGUACAGAAUUCAGUUGUGGUAAAUCUGAUGCUUCGGUGGAUUCGAUUACAGAGGGAGAUAGGCGUGCUCUUAUGGCUGACCUUCCAGCUUCAAGCACAUAUUCUGGGGCUCUGUCUUAUCACUACCCACAAACUGGUUUGAUACGACGCAGCCUUCCUAAUAUGGCUCAUUCUAUGCUUGUACAUGAACCAGCUAAAAUCUAUCCUUAUCAUCUACUGUUAAUAUCAAAUUAUAGAUUACCUAUAGAUGUUGAUCGUUGUAAUCUAGAGCGUCAUUUGUCUGAUGUUGAGUUCGAGGCAAUUCUACAAUGCACACGAGCCGAAUUUUAUCGAAUGCCUCAAUGGAGACGAAACGAAAUCAAACGAAGAGUUCGACUAUUCUAAACGGAAAUCAGCGAUACAAAAUUCUUUAAGGAAAUUCAACAACGGAUUCGAAAACAACAAUGAAGCGAAGCAAGGACCUACUAAAUCGCAUGUCAGUCGCUUCCAUCAAUUGAAUACAACUGAAUGAUGCAUGAAACAAAUCUGGCAUUCUAAUAAUAUAUUUACUAUAUUAUUUUAAGACAAAUUCAUACGCGAGAGAAUUUUAUUUACCAAAUCUUAAACGAAAGCGAAAAAAAGAAAGCAAACUUAGAGAAAAAUUCAAUUUUACGAUUGGCUUUUUUUUAUUUCUAUAUUUUAUUGAUUUUAUUUUCCUGUUAAGCUUCAAAGUGUGUAAUUGGGCUUUUAGUGUUCACAAAGUGAUUUUUAAAACAAUAAAAAUGCUUUUGAAACGAGUUAAAUAAAAUUCGAAAAUUGCAUAAAUAAAAGUUAAAAGAGAACCUACAUGAUUACAAUAAAAAAUAUAAAUAGAAAAAUAUUUCAGAAACUGCGUUGGCAACAUAAUCUGUUCACAACUUAUCGCUGCUAUUUUAGAAAUUAUUGGUAUCGCAAUAUAAAAUCGAAAUGUUUUCUACUUUCUAAUAAUACUUAAAACACAUAUAGCCAGUAUUUUAACAAGAAAACUGUUAGGAUUUAAUUAAGACGACGACUGAAGCGUUUCAUUUCGAAAGCGUUUCCAAACAAACACGAACCUACUUAGAAAAUUAUUGAAAAUCGAUAACGAAUGCAUACACGAAAUUAUUUUUCUAUUAUUCUAAGGCAUUUCGUCUUUAUAUUGUGAUAAUAUAAUUCUAAAUUUAUCAUGUAAUCAAAACAAGUACCUAUAAAAAGGAAUAAAGGAGAAUUGCAAUAUGCUAUUAAUACAUUUCUAUAAUACAAGAAAUUAAGUGGAAAUAGAGUUAAAUUUAUGCUAGCAUGCGAUUAGACUUAUGCAAAUCAUCACAAGAGUUUUAUUCUUAGAAAAUGUAGCUAUAAAUUUCGAGAUCCCUAUCAGAUUUUUCUAUUCUUAUAAACCUCAAGUGUUCAAGUAAAGACAGGUGAAGUUUCGUUGGAAUUAUUCAUUCUAACUUUGGAUCAUAUCUGCUGGUUGCUUUUAAACACGUUUUACUCCACGGUAUCCUUUCCACUCUCCGUUCCUACAGAUUUUACCUACUUAAGAGAAAUUGGGUUGUAGUCGUAUCUUCAUAAUACUUUCCUAUUCGCUCCGGGGUUUUAUUUAAUACUUUCUUGAUAUUAUCUACUUUUACUUUUGAUGUGGUGCACAGCAACGCUGCAUGUCGGCCGAGAGGAAGGAAAACAACAUUGCUGCUAGUGUAAACGAUAAUAAUUUAAAUGAAAACAAUAUUAAUCCAUUCAUAUAAAAACACUAUACAAGAGAAUACAUGAAUAAUGAAUAGCACAUCUGUAGAAUAGAUUUAUUGUCACUCUAUAUUGCCGGUACCAGUAAUUAUUUUAAGAAGCAUACUAAAAAGAGAUAAACAAUUUUCUAUUUGUAUUUGGAAUAUAAAAUGAAGCAAAAUAUAAAUAUAUAUUUAUUAUUAUGUAUGCAUUUUUAGGCUAAUAAACAUGUUUUUGAGCUGCAA